GCGAAAAACGCACUGUGUGGCUUUCUGUAACACAUUGUGGGGCGGAUCUUGUGCCUGUUGUUUGAUCCCCCGGCUUUUUUUCUCUUCUAAACUAUAAGAAAAGUAAAGACUGCGUCGGAACAGCGCAUUUUAGUAUCCAGCAACAACUCGGUUAGCUUUUUAUCCGUUUGAACCCGGUGAACCGUGGACUCUUUGCUCUUUGGCUGCCGAGGGGAUUUUCAAUGCCCUGAAUUUCGCUGUUGGAUUUUUUUUUAAAAACAGAUCCGGUUGAACAGGACGUUCCUGAGAGGCCACUGGUGUGAUCAUUUCUGGGAAUAAACUCUAGAGGAUUUUAUUAACUGGGAACAUGGAGUUCGACUGUUACCAGCACUAUUUUUUCGAUGGUUUCGACAGAGAGGAAGAUUUUUACAAGUCGACCGCACCGAGCGAGGACAUAUGGAAAAAGUUCGAGCUGCUGCCCACCCCUCCCAUGUCUCCCACCCGGACUCUGAGCGGCGGUGCUCUGCACCUCUCCCCGGGAGACAAGCUCAGCUGGCUGUCCAAAGUCCUGGGUCAGGACGAGGAGUGCGAGGGUCAGUUCAUCCCCGACACGGAGGAACUGUUCGGCAACCUCAGCUCCAUCAUCAUCCAGGACUGCAUGUGGAGUAGUUUCUCCGCCAGCAAGCAGCUGGAGAAGGUCAACGGUAGAGUGUCAGCUGCGGCGCAGACCGGCGUCUCCCCGGUGGCCCAGAUCUCCGUGAGACCGAGCAAAGCGCAGUGCGUCUCGCCCGCUGCCCCGCUCCCCGCCUCGGCGACAGACUGCGUCGACCCCGCGGCUGUUCUCACCUUCCCGGCAAGCAGCUGCAGGAAGCCGGCGUCGUCUGGCUCCGAGUCUCGCUCUGAUUCCUCUGAUGAUGAUGAAGAGGAAAUCGAUGUGGUUACCGUGGAGAGCAAGCAGAACCGCGUGCGGCUGGUGAACGUGAGAAAACCGGUGACCAUCACGGUGCGGGCUGACCCCUGCCCCAAACGCUUCCACAUGUCAGUCCACCGGCAGCAGCACAACUACGCCGCCCGCUCCCCAGACAGCGAGCCAGAAGAUGAAGAUGAUGAGGAAGACGAUGAGGAGGAGGAAGAGGAAGAAGAGGAGUAUGAUGAAGAGCCUCAAAGCAAGCGUACCUGUACAGCAUCCAGUCAGCUUUCUGGCUCUUCGGCUAGCAUCUCCCAGCCCGGCUCCCCCUCAGAGAGCCCCCAAAACUCAGAUGCAGAGGACACUGACCGGAGGCGGAACCACAACUUCCUUGAGAGGAAGAGGAGGAAUGAUCUCCGGUCCCGUUUCCUCGCCCUGCGGGAUCAGAUCCCUGGUCUGGAGUCGGCCAAGACCCCCAAGGUGGCCAUCCUGACCCAGGCGACAGAGUACCUGUCGGACCUGCACACCAGGGAGAAGCGACAGCUGCAGGAGAAGAAACGUCUCAAAACCAGACAACAGCAGCUUCUCCGCAAAUUAUCUGAACUGAAGCGCUCUUGAGACAGUCUGCUUUUUAAAAAAAUAAUAAACUGCCUCAUUAUUCACCGCUGGGAACUCUCAAGUUACCUGUCACUUUUGGAAAGCUACAGUUUUUAUAUAACAACAUGCCUCAUGUAAAUAGCUGUGAAUUUUGUUUUGGAAUACAUUCAUAUUGCUGUGGGCUUCCUAUGAAAUGACAGUGCUGGCCAAUGAACCUGGUGUGGGGAGGAGCAGUUAGUGUGCCGUUGUUUUUUAUUUUUUGAAGAGUGUUUUAGUUAUGAACAAGGGUAAUGGAAUUAAUUUCAUAGCUAUAACUAAGAUAUUUCCUGGUAUGCUGUGAUGGGACAUUUGUUAAUAGUUUAUCAGUGUGAUAGUGAGUAUUUGCAGCCUUCAGGAUGUGUGUUUCAGUAUGUUCAUUGCUCACUUAUAGUAGAGUGAAUGCCUUUCUGUGUACAUAUGAGUGAAUGAGCCAGUUCCUGGUUUGUUUGGUUUGGAUGACUGAGUGUUUGUUGUACAAAUUGUUCUGUAAAUAAUAGCUUAUUUCUCCUGGUGAAGGAGGAAAAAAUCAAGAGUAGUCAAUGAGCUUUGCUCCUCUUUAUGACGUGCCAUCAGGCAUCGAGGAACCUAUAUUUUGUUAAGAAAAUAGGAAAAAACGGGCAAAAAAAAGGAUAAGUAGCACUGCUGUACUUUAUAUUCACACGUCACUUUGUGAUUUCAAUGCUUCUCCUGAUUUUGAUUUUUAAAGCAUGUUAACAUUAACAGCGACAUUAAAUUUUUAUACCAUAUUUGCAUACAAA